AGUGAGCAGUAGCUACUGGAACUCAUUCUCACUCCCUGCACCUUAGACGCCCGAAAAGACGGAUUUGUCCUCACCUGGUUCUUCAGUGUUGCUAACUGAAAUUGCAGCACGCUAACUUGUCUUCUCUUCACCAUCUUGGCAUCUUUUUCCAGAAAAAAGAAAAAUAAAAAAAAGGGGAUUUGGUAACCCUUGAUGGAAAUGGUUGUGAUGCAUGGUCGGGUAGUAAAGGUUGAAGCUGUGGAGGGAGACUUGCGGUGGUUCUGAUUUCUGUUCAUAAUACUCUGAUGUCAUCCAUGUCUGGAGGGAGUGAAACUGUGUCGUUUCAAGCUUCUGAAACUCAGAAUACCAUUCAAAGGAUUCUACAAUCAUGCUCUGAACUGGUUGAGGCUGGCGAUAUCGAUGAGUCUGACAGCACAAUCUCAGAGCUUGUCAAAUUCCUUGAUUCUUUAUCGGAUGCCGCUCUUUCAGACCCAAACAAUGAGCCUGCGCAGAAUGAUGCAUUUGAUGCUCUCACUGAGAUCCAUCAAUAUAUAUGUUCUCCUUCUCUUGCUCAGGAAGCUGUUGAUGCCCUUUCCUUUGAAUUACCAAAGGCCGUCUCCAAGUUUGCUGGCAUUUCGAACAGAUUUUUAGACAAGGCAAUCAGCAUCAUUGAUCAGUUUCUAGAGAAAUGUGGUCCAAGGGAUAUGCUUUCAAUUCUUUGUAAUACACUAGGUUACUCAAGUAAUAUGACCAAGGCUGCCAGUUACAUUCUUCCUCCUUUGUCAGGGCUCUCAAAGGUCUUUACCUCCAUCAAGAGGCGUCAUUUUGAGCAAGUGCAAGUGGCUGUUCCGAUCAUUCUUAAUGUGUUGAAGGCUGUGGCUUUGGAUUCAGAUGACGCAGAUGAUGCAGAACUUGAGAGUGUAUUUCACAGAGCUGUUGGGAUUGCAAAUUCAAUAUAUGAAGUUUGCAAUAAGUUGGACGGUGCUUCAAAUGAGAAGCUCCGAGCUCUUCUUGGACUAUAUGUCCUCCAAUGCCUGGCACUUCUUUCGGCCAGCAUAAGCUAUAAAGAUUCCACCUGUCAUUUGAUGGUGUUGGAACUGUCACAAAUAUCUUCAUAUUGUGGUUUAACAUAUAUGAGUCUUUUAACUGCUUUUGAUGUUGAGACUGUGGCUGGCUUUGUUUUUGGAGAAGAUAAAGAUGCCCAUAUGAGUUGUUUGUCUCAUGUCAAACAUGGUGCUGCUCUUUCAGUGGUAUGGGGGCUUGUCUCAGAGGAGGUUGCUCAUGCCACUAAAGAGAGUUUGGUUGCUAUCAAGGAUGACCUUCACAAUAACCAGACCAAACGAUGGCAAGCAAUAGGAACAUUAAAACAUGUACUUUCCUUUGUAAAUUUGCCAUGGGAGCUAAAGAAACAUACUAUCAACUUCUUGCUUUGCAUCACAGAUGGAUGCGUUUCCGGAGAAUAUCUUGGUGAACAUUCUGAAUGGUCAUCUUAUAUGCCUAACAUUUUCACAGCUUUGCAGGCUAUUAAAAUGGUUAUCAUGUAUGCUCCAGAGCCAGAAGUAAGAAAAAAAUCCUUUGCUUUGCUGAAAGCAGUACUCGCUGAUAUUCCUGAUACUCAAAGGUUUGACAUAUUAAAAGCUUUGAUUACAAAUACAGACUCAUCCUCCAUGAUUGCCAUUUUCAUUGAUAUUGUCAGGAGGGAAAUGCACAUGGAAGUUUGCAACAGUACAUCCGUAAAAGAAGCCCCAUACUCUAAUAAUGAAAUGCAUCCCGAUAUGCCAUUUUGGACUCCAAGUGUUCUUGAGUUGGUGGAGUCGGUUCUAAGGCCCCCACAGGGUGGACCUCCUUCCCUCCCUGACACGAGUGAUGCGGUUUUGUCAGCUCUCAACCUAUACAGAUUUGUAUUGAUGACAGAAUCUACAGGAAAGACAAACCGCACUGGAGUAUUGUCUAGGAGCAAUUUAGUGAAGGCCUACAAUGAAUGGCUGCUUCCUUUGCGCACCUUGGUGAGUGGGAUUAUGACAGAGAACAAGAAUGAUUAUGAUCAGCUUGCAGUUGACACUGUAUGUACCUUGAAUCCACUUGAACUUGUUUUGUACCGUUGUAUUGAGCUUGUAGAAGAGAAGCUUAAGCAAUCUACCACAUAAGCUUUUUUUUUUCACUAAAGUUGUCCUCUUUUGUGAAACAUUCCCUCAAUGAGAAUAUUUGGUUUCAAUAUUAAUCCUCCUUGUAGAUAAAGCCCUAGAACAACAACAAUAAUAAUUGUAGAAGAGAAUGAAGAGUGUAAGAAUGAUCGAUGGAAAAAAAAGAGGGGUACUUAAAGGAUCUCAUUUUUUGUAUGCUGAAAAAUAUCAUAGCUUGUCGUAUUCUGUUGGCUC